CAAUUGAAAGUCCACAUGGCAAUGUUUACAGUCGUUCUAUAAAUACCGACCAAUCAUAGCGCGGCUUACAUCGGUGAUGGGAGAAUAUUGAUAAUGGACCUGCAGGCUGGCGUCAUCUGUGAUCUGGCACAUGAGUUGUCGGUUGUGUCAGCGUUUGCGUACGAGUGUGGCAACUGAUAAGUGUGUAUCGUUGUGUAAUGUUUUCUAAACAAGGCUAGGGAUUAACCGUGUGUUGGUUAUCCCAUUAUAUACACAGAAGCCUGCUUCAACCGUGACAAACAUACUGUGCCCUGGAACACCGGUCAUUCCAGAUUUACCUAAUCACUGCUGAUGUCUGCUACGCUCCAGGACAUCCGAUAUUAUUCUGACCGCCGGUGAAAAUGCGUAUAUUGGACAUUUUAUUAAAUAGGCGUAAGAAAAAUAAAAACAAAAAUGCCAUUCCAACAGAAUUGUCUACUGACCAGGAUUUCAUGGAGCCUACUUAUUUUGACAGAAUGCCAAAAACAGAUUAUACAUAUUCCAGAAGCCCCAGCUAUAGCAGAAGGUAUCUAAAUAAGGCAUAUAAGAUCCCCAACAUGUCGAGGCGAGUGGUCAGGUCAGGGACUGGCCUAGUGGAUGUGGAGGAUAUCAGUGAUGUUUACAGUUCUGAGGAGGAAGAUGGAUACAUCUCGAGUCCUAGUACUAAUAUGUCAUCUGAAACUUACAUUACCAGCAAAACAGUGAUUGAGGAUGGUAUGUUACUGCGGUCUGGUAAAGGUAUCAAAAAUGCUAGAGAAAUAUUUGAAGAACAUGAAAGAGCUGCAAAGAGAAAGUCUACAGGACAAGUCAGUAGUGCGGUCAGUUCUAGAUCACGUGGACGUUUGUCAUUAGCAUCUGAUAUGGUAACAAGUACAAACAUGUUUGAAAGCCAGCAGUCUCGAUCCUCUGUAUCACAAAGAGUGCGGACCAAAGUGCGAAAAACUCUUGUGCAAGAAUUCGAGGAAACAGAAAUAGAAAAAGGAAUGAAAGAUGCUGCAAAUGAGAAAAAACGUGUAAAUCAAAGAGAUUCUCUACAUAGUCUUAACCAUUUAUAUGGCCUAGACUCUGAAGUGUCAGGUAUUGAAUCUGAGGGGGAAUAUACUGAUUCCUCUUUAAAAAACUACAGUUACAAUGCAUCCCACCAACAGAAAACAUCACAAGCAGAGGAGAAUCUUGAGGAAAUUUCAACGCUGACCACAAUCACCACCACUGUGGUCACUACAGUAAUAGAGCGUGUAUCAGCAGUGGCGAGUCCAGUGGUGACACCCAUGUGGAAUACCGUUGGAAGUCCUGUGUGGAAUGCUGUGGGCCGACCUGUGUGGACAUAUGUUUUCAAACCUAUGUGGUCAUAUAUAGGACAACCAGCAUACCAUGCCUUGUCCUCCACUGUUAUGACCACUGUCACAAUCCUACAAUACCUCAUAUCUCAAGCUGUACUCUGGGAUACCUGGCUACUCUCUAGGAAGAAGAACUGGUGUUGUUUAUGUCUGCCCCUGCUGCUAUUGUUACCAUUGUUGAUGUUGUCAGGUAUUGUGCCACACGUGCAGAAUCUCAGUUCAGUAUUUAGUGCUCGUCAGCAUUUAGGAGAAAAAAUCUCAGUUUCCAAUGAGCACAUAUUAGAUUCAGUAAAUCUUAGGGAAGAGGUGAAGAGGAUCAUUAUUCAGCUACAAAGCAAUUCACAAAACCAACUAACAGAAGCUGACGUAGAACGAAUUGUAGCCAGCAAAAUUGGUGCAGAGUUAUCUGCCCUAAAACUUGAUCUUGCAGAGAAGGAAAACCAGCAGGUUGCAGCAGAGAUCCAUAAGGAUGGUGAGCAGGCAAUAAAACUACAGCAGCUCCACCUCAGUCUCCUGAGUAACAUCUCGUUGGUGGAAGAGAAAAUGAAACUGGAGAAGGAGAAUCUUGAAGUUAUUGGAGAGGAGUACCAGAGUCAGUCAGGUAUCAUCCUUAACCAGCUUGGACAUGACCUUGUUGCACUCCAGGAGAAGCUGAAAGGAGUGGAACUCUCCCAACAGAUGCUGGAGCUACAAAUGAAGAACUGUUGUCGUAACGACAGCUUCUUAGCAGCAUACAUCCAUGAUCACAUCAGCACAAUAUUAGCUCAGGUGAUGGGAGGCCAUGAGAGUGGAAAUGGGCCACAGGAUGCAUUUAUGGCAUGGUUACACAAUAACUAUGUCAGUCGUAAAGACUUGGAGGAGCGCAUGUCACUCAUGGCUGCUGAUAUAACCCGCCACAUUCUAACAGAGCAAAGGAAGGCAGUAGAACCGUCCAUCACCAUCACAAACUCUGGGAGUGGUGCUGAUAUCUCAGAACAGCUCAUCAGGUCCAUUGUGGACGAAGCUCUGCUAAAGUACAGUGCAGACAAGAUUGGACUACCAGACUUUGCCCUGGAAUCUUCUGGAGGAAGUGUUAUAAGUACCAGAUGUUCCGAGACUUAUCACAAAAGAACAGCACAGUACAGUAUCAUGGGUAUACCCCUGUGGUAUGCUUCAAACUCUCCACGGACUGUCAUACAGCCAGAGGUGCAUCCAGGAUCGUGCUGGGCUUUCCAGGGAAGUCGGGGCCAACUUGUGGUCGAAAUCUCAACCAUCAUAACCCCAACAGGAUUCUCACUUGAGCAUAUCCCAAAGUCUCUAGCACCUAAUGGCAAAAUUGACAGUGCUCCGAAGGAAUUUCUUGUACAGGGAUUAACGGGUGAGAAAGAUGUAUCUGGUAAAGUUUUGGGAAACUAUACCUACAAUGAUGAUGGCAGACCUCUUCAGUUUUUCCCAGUACAGGUAUCUGACCCAGGAUUGUUCAAGUUUGUGGAACUCAAGAUUCUAAGUAACCAUGGUAACCCAGUAUUUACCUGUCUGUACCGAUUCCGUGUGCAUGGCUCUCCUUAUACAGGAUGAGGAUAUCUUUCAUAGAAUUUAAUUCUACAAUGUCUAGAAAAUGGACAGUUGUAGAGGAAUGUAAUACUAAAUUGUCUACAGGUUGUGAGACUACAAAUAUACAGGAUGGUAGAGUAAAUAACGGUAAACCCUCAACACAGGAUGAUGGCAUCUGUCAGGAAGCAUUAUUCUACAGUGUCUAUAAAAUGGACAUUUAUUAUGGAACAUAAUUCUUCACAAUCUAGAUAGUGGUGAAAGACAGUAUUCCCAACAAACAGGAUGAAGAUAUCUGUCAUGGAGUAUAAUUCUUCAGGGCUUACAAAAUGGACAUCCGUCAUGGAAAAUAAUUCUUCACAGGUUAUGACAGUCAUGAAAGAAAAACUGCAAAUACAGGAUAAGGAUGCCUGUCAUGUAGUAUAAUUCCACAGGGGUUAGACAGUGGUAAAAGGUACAUGUAUGUGUUCAUUACAUGAGUUGAUCCUAAACUCAGUCAAACUUUAUAUAAGGAUUAUAGCUAUCUGUGUUGUAUUGAGAGCUAUUUUUUUUUUUAAUAUAGAUGAAUCUCCGUGAAAUCUGUACUGUUGUAAAGUGACACACAAAGAUAUUACUCCUAAUUAAAAGAAAAUAUGUGUACCAUGACAAAUUCACCAUUGAAUUCAUGCUUACAUGUAGUAUUGAAGACUCAUUCCAAAUGGCCAGAACUCACAAUCACUUGUCAUGCAUAAAGAACAUUAGAGCAACUAGUCUGAAAGAUGUUAUGGCUAUGCAAGAAGUUUUAUAUCUCAUGUGACAUAAACCUUUUCAGAAGUGUUUAAAAAUUUAUGGACACAAUUUUGAUCCACAUCAAUGUUUUAAUAUCAUAUAAACACAAUAAUAUUGCAAAGAGAGUUCUCUUUUAAGAUGUUACAUAUCUUGGUGAUUGAGGUGGCUUUGUGAAACCCUAAAUUUAUUUACCUGCAAUAUAAAAAUAAUCUCACAGAUUGAUGUGGCUUAAUGGUAGGACGUGCUUAUUUUGGUUAAAUGUACAGCAGGGAUGGGAGGUGGUGCUGUCAAUGAGAGAAGAUUGGGUGAAAUAUUGAAGUGCUUUGAGUAAACUUGACUGUAAUGUAUGAUUCAAACACGUGAAAAUGACUGUAAUAUCUAUUAUACACAUGCUAUGAUUUACACAUGUGUACAUGACUGUAAUUUGUAAUGUACACAUGUGAACAUGACUAAUAUAUAAUUUGCACACAUGAACAUGACUGCAAUAUCUAAUAUACACGUUUUAAUUCACACAUGUGUACAUGACAAAUUUAUAAUGUACACAUGUAAACAUGAUUGUAAUGUAUAAUUUACACAUGUGAACAUGACUAAUAUUAUACACAUUUUAUGAUUUACACAUGAACAUAACUAAUAUAUAAUUUACACACAUGAACAUGACUAUUAUAUAAAUGAUAUAGAUUACACAUGUGUACAUGAUUGUAAUAUGUAAUGUACACAUGUACAUGUAGACAUGACUGUAAUGUAUAAUUUUCACAUGGGAACAUGACUGUGUAAAGAUAAUUUAGAAAAUUUGUUAUUGUAUGAUGUGAUAUGGAAGCAUUGUAAUCAAGGCAAAUGUUUGGUAUAUAUUACUAGGAAAUUCUAUGCUUUUCGGUCAGUAUUUAAUAUGGUAAUAAUUGAAAGUCUUGUAAUGCAUAAGGCAUAACUCAUUAACUUGUAAAUUUUAAAGAAAUUAACAUUUUUUUUAUCAAUUUACUUACAACUACAAGUCAAGAAAAUUACUUGAUAAUAUCUUAAUUAAUGACCUCAAUAUUUUAAUAUAAAUAGUAUUUUAUUCUAACCAUUUAAAUUGAGACUCAAAUUUUGCCAAACCUUGCCUGCGAUAAUAUUUAAGAAAAACACACAAUUUUGUUCCUGCAUAGCUUGAAUUGCUGCUUUCUUCAAAGCAUAUGUAAAGCUUUUUGUAAAUGUUCUUAGUAAAAGCAUAUAAAACUUUUAAUUUGAGUCCUGAAAGCAUAAGUUAUACUGUAUACAAGCAUUGAGAUGCUAUGUAUUGUUUAAAAAAAAUGGUUUUAUGACUAAAUACUGGGGCCGUAUUCAUGAAACUGUUCUCAUACUUAAACACUUAUCUGUUUUCAAGCUAUUCCAUUUAUUUUAAAGAAUUUAAGUGAGACUUCUAGUAAAUAAAUAUCAUUUUCAUUAUUCGUCACUUUUUAAGAAUAAGACGGAAAAAAGUUGGUUUGAGCACAGAAUCAUGCUUGAGUAUAUGACAACAGUUUUAUGAAUAUGGGCCCUGAUGUUUAUUAGCCUAUGGCAUGCCACCAUUCCACCAUCUGAUGACGAGGGCUAUUCCAAAUGACUUUUGUCCAUGGUCCAUCCAUAAACAAUUCUUGUUACCUCUAUUUCUCAAAAGGUACUUUAUAGUUCUUCUUUAGAUUUAUAUUCAAGUUUGUAAUUGUUCCUAUCUGUGCAUAUUGAAUUUAUAGACUGGUCAUAAACAAAAUAGCCACCAGAAUUUUACAGUUUGCAGAUUAUUACCUACCUCUGUUUCUUUUUCCAAAUUUCAUAUAUAGGUUCCCCUUGGUCCCUAUAAUAGUUCUGCAUUUUCAAUUUUGAGACUGCUAGAAAAACAUUUGUAGUUCCCCUUGUUAUCAAAUGAUUUAAAGUAAACGGGGAAAGAAGAGAAAAGUAGAGGAAAGAUCAGUCUUACAUAUAUAUAACCUAUAAAGGUCAGUCAAGGUGGCGGACUGGUGGCCAAGAUCCUUCUAGGAUCUCGUGUUUGUUGUGUGUUUGUACUAUUGUAGUUUUAUUGUAUUAGCAGUUUUAGUUGGAGAGAUUUUCCUUUACAUUUUCUUUUCAUUCCAGGUAUUUUAGCUUAGGCUGUUCCUUGUCAUGUUUUAAGGUUUGAAGACUUAAAUUCUGUCAGUGGUUGACAUAUUUGAGGUUUUGUAGAUUUAAGUUCUUUCAUUGAUAAAUUUGUGGAAGUCUGAACACAUAUAUUUAUUUUAUUGUUGUUAAUGUAAAUGUGUGCAUGGAUAAGCAUAAUUUGAAUUUUCUUUAUGUAUAAUGCUUGCUGCUCAUUUUGUCAAUGGCAUUAUGUGUUUAUCAUAUUUAUUUUUUAUUUACUCACAAUAUCAGGUAUAUAUACUAAAAUGUAAAAUAAGAUGUCAAAUUAUUCCUCUGCUUUUUACAAGCAACAGUACCCUCCAGCACAGUAAAUUACUGGUGUGGAUAGAAAACAAACAAUUCUGGAAGCAAAUUAUCAACUGGAGUCGUGAGAGCUUCACUAGUUUAAAAGAUAUUUGAUUACAUCUCCUUUAUGAUAUAGUGAAUCAAUUAGAAUUAAAAUGUUAAAAUUUUCCAUCAUUGUUUUGAUCAUGAUAGUAGAAAGCCAUCAUCAAUAAAAGGCAUAACACAUGCUACAAAUACUGGUAAUAUUCUCAAAAUAUACUCCAUAUUGACUUCACAGUUAUACAAGAUACAUAAUAAAAUUUUGUCAAGUUUCAUAUUGCAACUGUUUCUGACAUUUAUCAUCAUUUCACCAGGAAUAUUAAUUGAAUGACUUGUUCAAUAUGACACUGACUUGUUACUUGGAUAUCUUUUAUGUAUUGAUGAUCCCUAGAAAGCUACAUAUGUAGUUUUGAUAGACAAUGGAACAUGUUUGUGAUUAUCUCAAACACUGCUGGGGACCCGAGAGAUUAGUUUUCAACAGACAUACCCAGGUAGUUUAGUUCAAAUAUCUUUUAUUUGAAAAUAUUCACAAGUUGUAUAACUUAUAAAUGUCCUAUGACAUGUAUACAAUGCUAUUUACAAAUGGCAGCAUUUGUGAUAUAAUGUAAAUAUAUAUAUAAGAAAACAACAUUAAUAUAUAAGGUGUCAAUACACAAGUUCGUAUCCCAUAUACCAGUACCCACAAUUUACAUCAAAUCUAUUGAUAUCUUUUAAAAUGUUCAGGAGAGUAUUCAUACAAAGAUAAGACUUAACUCUAAUUCCUUACAGAUUAAAUAUGUUUGUAACAUGUUUUAUUGUAUAGGUCCAUUUGAAAAUUUAAAAUGAUGUACCAAUAUCAUUACAUUCUUUUAAGUCUUAAACAUGUUUUCUCUGUCCGUCCAUCAAACUGGUUCAAUUUUAUGUUCAGGUCCUUUUUGCAACUAAAGCUGUUUUAAAAUAAAGUUAAUUUUUUUGCAUUGGGGUGCUUGUUUGGUUUAACUUUUUUAAUAUAAUAUUGAUUUUAUUUUUCCAACAGUUGGUGAAAUGUUGAACUUUUAAGCAGGAGCAGAGGUAUAGACAAACAUUCUCUAAUAAGUUUUAAAAAUUGACAUUUACGUAUUUUGAAGACUGUCAAUGAAAUGCUUUGUAAAUUUAAAAUUUUUGUUUCAAGAAUUAAUUAUUAUGACAAGGUUUGAUUGAUAUUAAUUGUUCAAAAUUUGUAUUUACAAUGUAUGUUUAAUGCAGUUGAAUGUUUUCCUAGAAAAAGUCUCUUUAAAUUCAUACAUUGUUAUUUUGUCAUGUCCUCAUUUAUUAUAUUUUUUCCACUAAGUUUGUGUUCAUUUUAAAGAUCAAAUUUUAUAGACAGUUUAACAACUGAUCAUAGUCCUACAACAUAAGUCGUAAGUCAGCAGUUAUUUUUAGUGUAAAAAAUCAGUAAAAUUGAGCAGCAAAUGCACUCAAUAAAGAUUCUCUCUGGAAGGAGGAUAAUACUAAUAUUUUGACAAUUGAAAUUCCUGAGGUUGUCCUGUGGGAUCGUAAUAUAACAUUCCUAAUCUUUUAUCUGAUAAAAGAUUAGGAAUAUUACCUCUUGAUAAUCAAGAGGGUUUUUUUUUGUGUGUUUAAUUUUUCAUUUUCAAUAUGGCUGUCACAUUUUUUGAAGUUUUACUUUUGUUGUUUAGGCGGUAACAAGGUCAGCCUUACACUUCAACACUGACUAGGCUAGGUUAUUGUUGUUAAAUUAUAUCUGAUAGACAGGAGUUCUCUGUCUGUGUUGUGAAUUUGUUGUAUGUUAAUGAUAAACAUGUAUGUUUCACGUUUACUGUGACAUCAGUUAGGCAGCAACCUAAAAUAAAAUACUUAAAACUUA